GCUUUAAAUGCUUAUGAACUGCUGCACACUUUGCCGCUCUCUGAGAGGCAAUUAUGCGUGUUGUAAAUAGGAAAGCAGUGGUGGUUUUGCUGGUGCUUUUGCCACUUACAGCUAUGUACUUUUACUACUGGAAUUUAAACAGCAUUACAACCAUCAAUGUGCUCCAAGGACCUGACUCUUUAAAAAUGAUUUUAGAGAAAAGGUCACAAAGUUUGCAACACACAAAUGACCACAUCCCUUACCAAAUCAAAGACGACGUCUUCAACAGAAGUCUUGCCUUAAACGGGUGUGUCUGUGAAGGCAACAAACCAGGCAUCACGUUCCCAUUUUCUAAACUGUUGUUCCCUGAAAUAUCGGCUACUAGGCUAGAAGCAAUGUUUGACGAUUCAGACCUGCAAAAAGCAAAGCAAUACAGAAGUAAAGAGUACCAGCGUUAUCGUAAAAGGGCAUAUACAGCUGCAGAUUCCCUCAUCUUAUCUGAAGCCAACAGCCCUCUUCAGUACCCUACGCAGGGUGUGGAAGUCAGACCUACAAGGUCCAUUCUAAUUCCAGGUUUAAGUCUGAACCAAAAAUCAGAAAAGGGCCCUUAUUUGGUAGAUCUGAUUGCUACUAUGGGAAUAUUCAGCACAGCAGCAGUGGUCGAUGGAGUACAAGUGGAAGGGGAAGGAGAGAUGCAGAUUCAUUUUAUGAGCAGAUCACUUGCUUCACUAAACAGACAACUCGAGUUUGUUACCUAUACAAACACACGGUUCCAUCCCAACACAGCAGACGUAGUCCAGUUUAAAUCAGGUGCAUUCCAGGCGUCCUUUACCGUCAAGAUUAGACAUCCACCAAUGCCCAAAUUCUAUAAUCCAGCACCAACGCAAGAAUACAAUGUAAACACUUUGGUCACCAUUGCCACCAAAACAUUUCUACGCUAUGAUAAACUUCAGGAUUUGAUCAACAGCAUUCGACAGUUUUACCCCACUACAACUAUAGUAAUAGCUGAUGACACAAAGGAGCCUAAGCCUGUAACUGGACCCCACAUCGAACAUUAUAUCAUGCCCUUUGGAAAGGGCUGGUUUGCUGGUCGUAACUUGGCAAUCUCCCAAGUAACUACCAAAUACGUGCUUUGGGUGGAUGAUGACUUUAUUUUCACCUCAAACACCAAACUGGAAAAAAUGGUGGAUCUUUUGGAGAAAACCACUUUGGACCUGGUGGGAGGGGCAGUCAGAGAAGUGACAGGAUACACUGCCACCUAUCGACACAUGCUCUCCACAGACGCUGGUGAUGAAGAGGGAGACUGCCUACACAUUAGGACAGGAUUCCACCAUGUCAUUGAAGGAUUUCCCAAUUGUGUGGUUACAGAUGCAGUCAUUAAUUUCUUUAUGGCUCGCACAGAAAAGAUACAACAAGUGGGCUUCGACCCGAGGCUGGCUCGGGUUGGUCAUUUAGGAUUUUUUAUUGACGGACUGGGCUCCCUCCACGUGGGCUCCUGUAAUGAUGUUAUUAUUAAUCAUGCAUCAAAGAUCAAGGCAAUGCUGCCAUGGGGACAGUCUGAUAUUGACAAAGCCUAUUCUAAGUUCCGCUAUCAUUCCACUAAAGAGACAUCUAUGAACGAAUAUGAUCUUUAUUACCUCAAAAAUCAUUUUCAAUGUGUCACUAGUGACUAAAUAUGGACUGUUAAAACUUAGGAAAGCACUUUCAGGGUCACUCCCAACAAAUAGCCGACGAACAUUUAUAAACCAUAACAGGAAAAUGAGCAAAUGACCACACACACAUGCAUUUUUUUUGGUUGUCCACAGAUGGCACAGCACAUUUAACAUCUACUGCAUAUUUAAAACAAUUUUAAUGUUGUUUUUGUAUUUAAUUUGAAUAUCAGCAUUUGUGAGAUCUGCUCAGGUUAUUUGUGUAAAUGUGACUUUUUUUUUUUUUUUUUGUCUUUUUGUUAAUGAGGAAUGCACAUGUAUGGUAUCAUGUCAAGGUUUGUAGAGGUAACACAGAUUUUAUUUUGACCCUUGGAAAAUGAAGAAAUGGCACAGCAUGGCAUAUUGUUUCUAGUGUUAUUAAACGUUUUAUUUAAUACU